GCUCCCCAGCCAGGCUCAGAAGGCCCGGAGGUCCCAUCGCCGGUUCCUACCGCCUCUUCUUUCUCCCGGCGGUGCUGACCAAGGCGUCUGGGUUCUUCCACAGAGGGUCAGUGUGCACCAUUCACUCCAUCAGCUUCUUCCAGAGCAUUCCUUCAGAGAUCCUUGCUGUCUUGCUUUACGUACAAGCUCUGCUGCACACAGACACCUGGCAUGCAGAGACUGUUGGAGGAGAACUACGGAGCAAAAGCAGGCCUUGUGUCUUUAGUUGUCAUCUGUUGUGCAGUCGGAUCAGAAAAGUUGUACUUGGAGCUUCCUGCCCGCGGAGAGGCAGACUGAUACAUCUUGCUCACGUAAUAAUAAAAGACAUGGGCUUCCACAUGACUUUCUACCUUUCCUACAAAUUCCGAUUACUGCUGCUUUUUACUUUAUGCCUGACAGUGGUCGGGUGGGCUACCAGUAACUAUUUUGUAAGUGCUGUUCAAGAGAUUCCUAAAGCAAAGGAUUUCAUUGCUAAUUUCAAAAAGGCCAUGGUUUUGGGGAAGAAAGAAACUCUGAUGAAUGAAGCAUCUGUGCAAAAAGCAGCCCUUGACAACUGCCCUUUGGUUUCUCCAUACCUCAGAGGUGAGGACAAGCUCACUUUCAAACCAGAUCUUACUCUGGAAGAUGUGCAGGCAGAAAAUCCCAAAGUGCACAGAGGCCGGUAUCACCCUGAGGAAUGCAAGGCUUCACAGCGAGUUGCUAUCCUCAUUCCACACCGGAACAGAGAGAGACACCUGAUGUACCUGCUAAAACACCUUCACCCCUUUCUGCAGAGGCAGCAGCUGGAAUAUGGCAUCUAUGUCAUCCACCAGGCUGGCAAUAAAAAGUUUAAUCGUGCCAAACUCUUGAAUGUGGGCUAUCUAGAAGCUCUCAAGGAUGAAAAUUGGGACUGCUUUAUAUUCCACGAUGUGGACCUGGUGCCCGAGAAUGACUUGAACCUUUACAAGUGUGAGGACCAGCCCAAGCAUCUGGUGGUGGGCAGGAACAGCACUGGCUACAGGUUACGUUACAGUGGGUAUUUUGGGGGUGUUACUGCCCUAAGAAGAGAGCAGUUUUUCAAGGUGAAUGGAUUCUCUAACAACUACUGGGGAUGGGGAGGCGAAGACGAUGACCUCAGACUCAGGGUUGAGCUUCACAGAAUGAAAAUAAUCCGGCCAAUGCCUGAUGUGGGUAAAUAUACAAUGAUCUUCCACACUAGAGACCAAGGCAAUGAGGUGAAUGGAGAACGGAUGAAGCUCUUACAUCAGGUGUCACGAGUCUGGAAAACAGAUGGGUUGAACAGUUGUGUUUAUAAAUUACUGUCUGUCGAUUACAAUCCUUUAUAUGUCAACAUCACAGUGGAUUUCUGGUCUGGCCCUUGACCCCGUACGGUCUGGUGAUGUUGGGAAGAACUGAAGAUUUGAUUGCAAUACUUUUGGCCUGGAGUCUUGCCCUAGUAGCACACAGUAAGAACUUGUUGCAGCUAAUUAUCAAGCUGAAUUGUUCCUUUUUUGUAUUUUCUUAGUAGAGCUCCUGGUGAGAUGGAAUGAGCUUUCUUAGUUGUUUUGAUCACAAAGGUUAAAAUAUUGUAAUAUAGAUACUCGAAGGACUAAGUGUAAAAGGAAGACUGAAAAGAUAUCAUGCAGGCUACUUGAGAACACUAAUUAAAGGAAAUUUAUUUAAGUUUGAAGUGAUACAUUGCGGGAUAAAAAAUGCCACAGGAAAUAAGAUUGCCGAAUGUCAGAAAACCAGACUCAUUCUGGAUGGAGGGAGAAAGGUACGACGAUGCAUUUGCUCCACUCAUUUGUCCUGCAUGGUCAUCUUGUGAAGAGGCAGGUCCCACAUGAGAAGUCAGCAGCAGGAGAGGCGAGAAAGGUGAAGAACCAAGAUGCAAUGACCUUGGGGAUUUAAGUGGUGGUGGGAGGACUAUCAGAGAGGCAGCCAGGGUUGUACUGGCUGCCGCUGCUGCUAAUACUGUGUGUGCGGUGUCAUCUGCCGGAUGCUCCUUCCAGUGCAACCCCAGCAGGAAAUACGUUAUCUACUGGUUUUUUAAAGCAUUUUUGUAAAGUGAUUUUGUACAUGUAGGAUAUGAAUUAGUAGUUUACAAAUGACAAAUUACAUGUUAACUAAUAAUACAAAAAUACCUCUGCAGUAAAAUAUAAACAAGCUUUGGGUGCUCAAUCUUGUUUUUUACUGUUGUAUGAGGCCUGCAGAUAUGUUUAUUUCAGUAUCCAUAGACCUAAACAGCUUAAAAACUGAAAGGAGACCGAGCCCCCCUGUUCCCUCUCUUCAUCCCUCUGUACCUCCCUCCUGUUCUUCCUCUGUGCAUCUGCCUUGUGUAACCAGCUCCAGGCCUGUGGCUGGUGCCUCUGUGUCUAGUUUCCUGGGCCACAUUGUGGUUUUGUUCUCUGUAUUGUCUUCUGUUCCUUUCUUAUUACAGGCACUGGGUGCAGCAGGGCUGGCCAAAAGGACACAGCUCGGUGGUCCUGGGACAGGAAGGGAUGGAACCCAGGGCUUGGCAAGCCUUUCAUUUGGAAGGAAGGUGGGACCGGGGCAGGGAUUUGAGUAGUGGCAGUGAUUUGGGAGAGAAGCAAGGCGCCAGUACUGCUGAGCUUCCUGGGGAGGGGGCGGGGACGGGGGAGGAUAAUGGAAGGAAGGUAAUAGGAGAUGGAUACUGAGUCAAGAGAACAAAAAAGUAUUUUGUUUGCGUAGGUGAAUGGACACAUAUAUAAUGCAGAUAUGGGUGUUCUUAAGCAAUUGCUAUGCCACUGUGCCCUAGGGUCUCUCGAUCUAUCAUUAUUAUGACACUUUUUAAAACUUUAUCAUGAAUGAGUGCCAGCCAAAAGGUGUAAAUAAUAUCCUUCCCAAGCAGGAAGAGGGAGGAAGUGGGCUCCCAAGAAAGACAGCAAUCAGCAGCCAGUAGAGAAGGAGAAUCUGAAUUAAAGGAAAAUACGUUUUAUAGACAUGAUAGGUUUACCUAGGGCUGGCCUGGUUUAACUUUAAUGCAGUAGGGACAAGUGAAAACUUUAUGUAUAUAUUUUUCUAUAAUAUAUUUUAUUGAUUAUGCCAUUAGAGUUAUCCCAUUUCCCCCCUUCAUUCCCCUCCACCCUGCACACCCCUUCUGCCCCUUUUAGUUCAUGUCCAUGUGUCAUAGUUCUUUAGCUUCUACAUUUCCCACACUACUCUUGCCCUCCCCGUCUAUUUUCUAUCUACCGUCUAUGCUACUUAUUCUCUGUACCUUCUUCCCGCCUUUCCUCCCACUCCCUUGUUGCUAACCCUCCAUGUGAUCUCCAUUUCCAUGGCUCUGCUCCUGAUUUAGCUAUCUGCUUAAUUUGCUUUUGUUUUAGGUGUGGUUGUUAAUAACUGAGUUGGCUGACCUUUCAACUGGUCAUAUUUUUAACUCCUUUUUCUUAGAUAAGUCCCUUUAACAUUUCAUAUAAUAAGGGCUUGGUGAUGGUGAACUCCUUGAACUUGACCUUAUCUGAGAAGCACUGUAUCUGCCCUUCCAUUCUAAAUGAGAGCUUUGCUGGAUAGAGCAAUCUUGGUUGUAGGUCUUUGGAUUUCAUGACUUGGAAUACUUCUUUGCAGCCCCUUCUUGCCUGUAAGGUCUCUUAAGAAAUCAGCUGACAGUCUGAUGGGAACUCCUUUGUAGGCGACUGUCCCCUUACCUCUUGCUGCUUCUAGGAUUCCCUCCUUCAUUUUAAUCUUGGCUAAUGUAAUGAUGAUGUGCCUUGGUGUGUUCCUCCUUGGGUCCAACUUCUAUCACAGGAAGAAUGGAUGGUGUUUAUAUUUUCCCUCUUUUGCUCUUCCCUCUCUUUCCUGCAGAAUCUUUCUUUAGCAUUCUAUUCCAAUUUUCUUAAAUACAACAACAUAAAUACUGAACUACCAGAAUGGCCAACAGCCCAUGCCAGGGGGCCCCCAGUCUGGAGUCCGUGGGUCCCACGUGGUUGGGGAAGGUAAAGCAAGAGAAUCAUGUGUAUAAGAAAUUGGAGGACCUAUAUCUGAGAACUCUAUUUCUCAUUCAAUGGAAAUGAAAUAUAGUUACUACCAUGUGGAGACUCCCUGUGUAUUUUCAGCUAUUAACAAGCCAUCUGCAUUUUAAAAAGUGUUAGUAAUCACUAUACUAUGCCUAUUACUGUCCUUCAGAUAAUUCUUUCAACCAAGAUAAGGUACAGUCAUUUAAAUGACUCAUUGUGAAACUUCCUGAGGCAGAAAAUAAUUUUUAAGAUGUUUAUUUUGCCACUGUGCCAUUUAACCUGCACUAAAAAUCAAGGCCCAGUGACUGGCUAGAGGCGGGUGGCUACCUUCUUGGUGGCCGCCAUCCUGACACCCCGUCACAACUGGGCAGGAGAGGUUGGUCUGUGAAGGACUGAGCUUUCCUAUAAUUCCUGCCCUGUGUAUGUUUCCUUGUCAAUUGCCACUAAGAGGCCAAGUUGUUUGCCCGUUGUAGAGAUGCCUACCAGCAUUGCUAAGGAGCAUAUGGAUGCAGUCUAUUUGGAUAUCAUACUUCACAGGAAGGCUGUGCUACUUUGAAAUUUUUAUUGGUUUUUUUCCUUAUUACCACUCAUAGCACUCUAUGGGCUGCAAUGUUUUUACAUGUACUUUAUUGAUCUUGUGGAAUCCUGAGAUAAGUAGGGUAGAUUGAGGAAGUGGAGACUGAGAACAGGCGGGGGACUUUCCAGAGGUCCCACGGCUAGUAAGUGGCCAACUCAGGGCACAAACUCAGAUUUUCGACCACAAAGACCAUUACCCAAUAAUUCUUUCACCUGGCAUCUCUUAUUCUUUGAGGUAGUUUUUCUGAAUCUAAAUCCCUGCCCUAGCUCCCAGAGAGGGUUGGUACUUCUGGGCCUUAAAGAGUAUGUUCCAUUCUCAUUUGGUCUUUGAACUUUCCCCCAGACACCCCCCCCCUGGUGUUUUGGCCCAUAGUGCCCUCGCUGCCACUCAAGCUCCUAUCGGACUGGUUGCCUGGGGGCCCCCAAAUGCUCUGUGAAUGGACUCUCAGGUGCGAUGAGACCUUCUGUGCCGGACUCGAAACCUCCACUUCUCCCAAGUCCUACACGUGUACCAUUCCCGUGAAAAGCCACGAACAUGUCCCACAAGAUGGAGUAUAGUCAGGCACAUUUCACAAUUUCUUUUCAAAAUAUCCUUUUAAAAGUCUAUUUCUUAGUUUCUUGUAUAUGUAAGCUGUUGCUUCCUUGAGAAGGUCUGAUAGGUGUCAGAAGGGCUGAGAGGACCCGCCCCCAGGGGAAUACCUGUACAGGCAGAGUCUUCACCAUUCCAUCGACAAUUGUUGAAGUUGAAAUGCAAAUAAAAUUGAACCCUGCCUGCAUGUUUGGGGGGGUAUUUGUGUAAUUUUGGACCUUGGGGGAGAGGUUGGUAAAGGAUAGGGCAUAACAAUAAUUGAAUGCCUGCUUCUUAUUAGUCAAUUUCCCUAUGUUUUUCAUUUUAACUUUUGAAUAGCCCUGUAGGUACUAUACAUACUGCAAAAAGAGAAAACAGAUUCAAGUAACUUCCCCAAAUCAGUAAGAGGGUCUCUUGACUCCAAUAUCUUGAUCUCCCCAAACGCCUUGGAAUAUCAUAUUGUCAGAAUAUUAUGAGAUUUCUCUGUGAAGGCAGCACAGGCAGAGAUAUCAUUUGUAGCUAAAAAUAAUACACAACUUGAGACGUAUCCAUUAAAAUGCCUUAUCUUGAUGACCCUGGUACAUUCUUCCACUAUGGAGUAGGAGUUUUGCUGGAAAGCUAUUACUCAUAGCUAUUGUUUGAGGGCCAGUUAAUUUGGACCAAAAUAUUUGGCCAUUAAACUUAUUGCAAUAAAUUGAAGCAAGAUGACAUUAGUUGGCAUGGUCCCAGGGAUUACCGUCCAAGCAGAGUUCUUUGGAACAGAUUUAUGUUAUAAUUUUCUGUUGGUAUUUCUUACAGGUUGACCAUUCUAAUGCACACUUUGCAUAUCUUGCUGAAUUCUCCCAGUUCCGUGUAAAGACAGACAUAAUUUUUUAAGCAGUUUCUGAAAGGCCAGGUGACCUGCCAAAGUCAUGCAGAGCUGGGAUUUGAAGCCAGGUAUCUGAGUCCAAAGCUCAUGUUCUUAACCAUUUCAUGGUCAUAGACAACAAAUACACGAAGACAGGAAAUAAGGAUGGGCAGACAUUUGGAGGGUGUGAUGCCCUUCAACCAAAGACCCCUCAGGAACACAUCUGCAGAAAAAUAAAUUGGGAUUGUGCCUCAUUGCAGUGAUCGAGAACAUACCAUGGGGAACAAUGAGGUAUCUCAGGAAAAAGGAGUUAGAAAGAAUCUACGAUUGCAUUUGGGUUUGUGUUGAGUCCCUUGGGGAGGGUCUGAGGAAGCCGGAAGUGUGCUGUAGGGGCUACUGUCAGAAAGCGGGACAGUUCUGUGACUGUGGAUCUGCAUACAUUUUAUCCGUUGGGAAGGACCAGCAGGGAAAUAAAGCUGUAAUGGAUGAACACGUAGCAGCCACUCGUUCCAGCCAAGAAAGGGUGUGUUUGGUGUUUUGUGGGUGGCAGUGACCUUGUUUUUUUUGACUGUGCUUAGACAGAAUUAUAAAGUGUCCUUGCUUUGCCUCAUUUUAUCUUGAUCACAGAGUAACCUUAUCUGAGGUUGGGAUUCUGUGAGAUUGUUUAUAUCUAAUAGGAGAAUAGCAUGGCCUCGUCGUGAGUGCCAGUCUAGCUUCUGAAGGUCAGGGGCUUCUCUUUUUAUUUUUCAAGUCAGAGUAGAGGCCACUAGAAAGUAGAGCACGAUGGUACCGCUUCUCUUUGACCCCCAAGACUUGGCUAUUUGUCUCCCUCAGGUGUGUGUGUCGGGAGCACUGGGGCCUGGGGGUGGGGAGGGGUGGGGAAGGAUCCGGGAACAGUGCAUUUCUCAGGUAUGCUACUUUUUCCCAAGCUGUUUUUGGAUCUCCUCAUUGCAUGUGGGCACUUGAGCCAAAUUAUAAAAAUGUCACACAUGAAAGCAAACUCAGUAGCUUACAAUAGCUAGCCUCCUUUGGGUUUCUCCUUUGCUUUAGUCCUGGUGCAGGAUGUGUAAGGAUCUGGGUGGGGUGAAGCAAGGAAGAGAAACUAGAGGGAAUACUAGAUGCAGAAGCAGAAAGGAAAUUGUUCCCUCAGUAGAAAUGAGAAACGAGCUCAGUUUCCAAUCCCUCAACCACAGCCCAGCUUGGCAAUCAAUUUGGCUGGGAUUGGAGUAGAAGAGAGAGAUUAGAUUUUCAAAUUCUCUUGAUUAUUCUUAUUCCUUCUUUUCUUGAUUGUAUCCAGAGAGUACCUGAUCUGCUGCUUAGGAAAGAAGCAUUUUCUAUUUAUUAUAGCUGAUGGGGAUAAAAAAAAAAAAGCUACAGAGCUGAUAAUAUGAGCAGUGGGCUUUCUAACUCUCAGUGUAAACAGCCUGCCAGGAGCCUGGUAGCAAGCUGCGGAGGAAAUGGCCAAUCAAGAGAGCAGAAUGACCCCUCUGGCCGCAAUCAGGUAAAACUUACCCCAGAGUUAGUCUGACAUGUCUGGCGUUAGGUAAUCAUUUUUCCUUGUCCACCUGAUAAGCAGGAGGACAGACUUGAAGUGGGAGGUUUCAUAAGAUGGUUUUGUGUGGAUGUGUCUUAAACCCAGCAACCUGCCAGCAGCCGGGCUCUCCAGCUCUCUUUCCCCUCCCUGGUCUGGUGGGGCUGGAGGUGGCUUUGGGGAGGCUGGGCCUGGACCUCACCCCGAACAGUGGCUUGGUUCUCACUGUGAGUCCCCUUCUAGCAUCAGACCCCAGAGGGAAGAGGGGAAAGGCUGGACUUCCAGGGAAGGCAGAGGGGGGUGGAAGCAGGAACUGGGCAGAGCACAAACUGCCCUGAGGUUACACGGAAGACCCUACAGCAGGACGCACAGAAGUCUGAAAUGGCUGAACUUUCUGUAGGGGAAUCCUUGGGCCUGGGUCUGUGGUGGCUGAAAGGUGUGUCUUCCCCAAGUGUCGGGGGCUUGGACAUGGUGGGUACCUCAGUUCAGGGCCUUAUUUGGUUUGGGGAACAGCAGAACCUGUCCACAUACAUCGCUGGGGGAAUGGGCACCUUCUGUGACAGAUGAGGCUCCACGUAGGAAGCUAGCUGGAGGGAACGGGGCAUCUGCUAACUGAAGAUUCAUUCUCUUUCUAGUUACUUCUUGGCAGAGAAGGCAGGUAGUAAGAUUUAAGGAACAGCAGGUGGGCCAUCUUCCCUCACAGUAGUUCUUUCCUGCUCCCACGGGUGUCUCAGAUUCCACGAAUUAGAGAUCAAUUUCUGUUACCAAGGAAAAACCUACAGAGAAGAUUAAGGGAGUGGGCACUAGUUGCCACUCACCCCUUAGUAAGAAUUAGUUUUCCAAAAGGUUUUAGCUUCAUGUAGCUGAGAUCCAAUCACAGGGAGAAUGGAAUUUUGUAUGUAAAGCAUGAAGCCCUGGAGGGGAAGGCAGGGUGGACAGGACUUGCACAGCCAGUGGAGAGCAGGAGGACAAUGGAAAACCUGGUUAGCAGUGGGACAAAAAGGUACCGGGACAUAGGAGUGUAUGUAAGGGGUGGGACAGGCGCGUUUCAAAGCUUAGCCCAGAGUAAGUUUCUUCUGCCUCUUCCUGUCUUCUAAAAGACACAGAACCUUUACAGCCAAGUGUAGGUGUCAUUUAUCUUGACACCCAAGCUGUGUCUGGAGAGAUGAAGUGAGACGGGCAGGACAGGCCAACUGUGUGUCAGGAUGUGUGCCUUUAGCCCCCCAAGGGUACAGCAGAGGCGUGCCCUCUGUUCCUCUCUCGUCAGCCCAACUCACAGGAACCUGGUUGGGGCCGGGGCAUUGGGUUACUCCCUCUGACUGAGUCAGCUGGGAGUAGAACUCUGAAGUGACAGGUACAUUUUCUUCAUAGGAGACAGUUCAGUAGUUGGAGUCAGGGAUGCUUCCCUUGUUUCCAAGGGCAAGAGAGGAAAAGAAUUUGAGAGGCAGCAGCUCCAUCACCGCUUCUGGGCUUCAGCAUAGCAGGAGCAAAAAGCAAAGGUCAAUGUAGAAAUUCUAACCAUUUAAUUGUGUAGCAGGGUUACUGAUGUCCAACAGGAAACCACACCCUAUUGCAUUUUCCAUCUUCUGAACU